AUGUCACCAGAGUGCCGUCUACAGUGGAGAAAACUACAGCUUGUCGCCGAGUCACUGUGAUUAUUACAAAACACAGAAAAUGUUAUUUGCUUCCGUUGAUUCUGCUUUAAAAAACGUUUAGACGAUCAAAGGAUGAAUAUUUACCGGUAAUUUACGCCUUGAAGCCUUUCUAGUCGAGCUGAUAAUGCUUAAAAUGAAGCUGCCCAUGAGAACGGCGGAGGCAGGAGGAGACGAUACGGCCGAGGAACAGCCCGAUCUCCAUAUUCCAAGAUCGGUCUCCGACAAGCCCGAAGGUUCCUCCAGACACCCAGGAUAUCCAUCUCAAUUGGAUAAAGAGACCGUUUUCGAGUGGUUUGGUUUGCAUUUAAAUCCUGCCAAGCGGAUCGAGUUUAUGUGCGGACUGCUGCAUAUGUGCCAGCCACUUGAGCUCCGGUUUCUGGGCUCCUGUCUGGAAGACCUGGCUCGGAAAGAUAACCAUGUUCUACGGGAUGUCGAGAUAAGGGCCAACAAUCCGAAUGAUUUGGCCAUUUUAUCAGAUGUCAUCGACCCUGUCGUGCGCUCCAAACUGCUGGUCUGCUUGUCUCUUCUGGGAUCUGACAGCAGGGAGUGUGCGGGAAUACUAUUUCGGAUAUUGAGCCAUGUGGAUUCCUCCUUGUUACACAAAAACUAUGGCUAUUCUGUUUCGCCCUUCAAGGACUCUCAACAUCACCCGUUCCAUUCUCCGUGUGUGGACGGGAAAGCGUUCGGGAGAACAGAACAGAAUUGCGGGCUUCCAAUGGAGGCAGUGAUCGGACCCUUGGAACAGUUGGCGCUGCUUUUUACUAUGGCCUCCUUGCAUCCAGCGUUCCCGUUUCAUCAAAGAGAAAAAGUUAUAAAACAGCUGGACAAAAUUCAACUUGCUAUAGAGGACGAGAGACAGCAGAAUCAGCGCAGAAUAAACGCCCAGCACAACAAGGCCCAGAAAGCAGAGGAGCAUGGCCCAGCAGCAGUCACCAUCGAGGCCAGUCUGGGUGAGAGGACCCAGGCACAGGGACAGGCUCGCCACGCCAGCCAGACACCCCCCAGCAGAAGGGCCCAAAGGGAAGCCGUGCAUGUAGAGAAGAUCGUGUUGAAGGGGAUCUCACGGAGGAGGAUAGACAGGGAAUACAAUUUUGUGGUAACGUGGUCCGACUCCUCAUCCAGCAAUGUCACCAAAACUCAUCUUGAACUGGAAAGCUUCUUGCUGAAGCAGCUUCCGAAGGAGCAGUCCACCGAGUCGUUUGAAAAGGGCAUCCUCCGGCUACUCAACCAGGGAGACCAGUACGAGAUCAGGGAAGUGGAGGGGAACCUCAAGGAGAAGUUUCUGUCGGCUCCACAAGCUUUCCGACAGACAAGCAAGGUCUGUGGCUUCUUCCUGUGUGAGUCCUCCUCCUCCAGCCCCAGCUGCAGCAGAUUUAACCCUGUGGCCCUAGGGAAGCCAUACAAAGAGGACUGCUCAGAGGCAUCCAGCCAGGAGGAAGGUGUGUAUUUGGAGCCGUACGUUCAGGGGCACCGGAAGAAAGAUGGCAGCAAGAGCCCCAGCCUUAACAUUCCCAAUGCCAAAAGUUCCCAGGGGGAGAGCAGUCGGAGGGGGCCCCACGGCUCGGAGCACAACGGCCUGACAGACUGGAGGAGGAAGAGCUGUACGCUCAAACCCAACCAAGACACCUCUGGGGGGCUGGGCCCAGAGCAGCAUCAGGACAGUGAAAAGAGGAGCAGCCACCCUGCCACCAAGAGCAAGCCACGAGCACUGGGACCAGACAGGGAAAAGGGGAAGAAAGGAGAAGGAAGAGCUGCCUACUUGACGAACGGGAGCAUAGUGCCACUGGCUUCUCAGCGAACGCAACAAUCGACAGGGAAAGGUUGUGUGUGUCCAGACGGUCAUCUAGUCGGAGGCUCCAGUCAGGACGUGUACGGAGACACCUCGUCUGAGAGCUACAGCUCCCCCUCCAGCCCCCAGCACGAUGGACCAGAGAGCCUGGACAGCGAGGAUGAGAAGGACAAAGAUAGUCACUCAGACGACUCUAGCAGCCAGGGUAGAGCGGACGACUUCUUCCCCUGCCAGGAGGUUGCAGUAGGGGGCUUGCCCACCAUCCACCCCCUGGCCUCUGUCAAGCCUGCUGGGGAGCCCCUUUGCCCCGAGACCAUCCCCAACUUUCCCCCCAUCACCUUUAUGCAACCCCUGCCAUACAUACUGCCCAACGGAGCACUGCCCGCCAAUGCCUCUCUGCCAGUCCUGCCUCCUCCUCAGGUGGCAGCGGCCCUGGUAGACAACAAGGUUGUAGGAGGACUGAUCAUGCAGGUGCCCCUGGUCCUCCGAGAGCCCAUGCCCACCCCAGUGCCAGUUCCUGUGCCAGGGGACACAGAAAAGAGGGAUGCCCUUGCUGCAGUGCCUGUGCUGCUUCCAGGGUUUGGCUCCCCCACCCUGGGCUUGCACCCCCCUGGCAGCCCUGCCCUGCAGCCCCUAAUCCAGCGCUUCAAAACAGCCCCUCAUAAGGCAACUGUCACUUCAGAGGGUGUCACCGCCUCCUCUGCCCACCACCCCCCGGUUGGAGCCAUCAGCGUCAUCGCCCCCGGCCCACCCUACGCCUCACCCCUGCAGCCAGCCUACCCCGACCCUGCCGCCAACCCCCUAACCCCCUCUGUACCCCUAGGGGAGCCUAGCAUCCCUUAUGCCAAGCACCCGGGCAUGGCUCUUCCCUCAGGCCUGCCCUCUCCAUACACCAUGCCCCCCAUCCCCACCUCCAUCAUGGCAACGCUGGGGACAGGGGUAGCCGGAGUAGGGGUAGUGCCCACAGCUGGACAGGUUCAGGCGGUGGUGCCCCCAUCAGUGCCCACCCACAACCCCGGUCCUGUGCCCAGCCCCAGCCCUGCCCUCACCCACAGCACGGCACAGAGCGACUCCACCUCCUACAUCAACAGCACCAGCUGUGCCAGUAACCUCGUCGCCCAGAAACAAGCGCAACCACCACAACAACAACAGCAGCAACAACAGCAGCAGCAGCAGGCGACUCCCCAGCAACAGCCCAUGUGCUGCGGGGCAUGCGGUUGCCGGGGAGGCUGCGGCACCAGCAACAACAGCCACACAGCGCCUUCAUUCUUCUUCCCCCACCAGAUGCCGCCGCGGCAGGUGUUCGGUGUGCCGCCCAUCUUCCAGCUGACGUCCCUGUGCAACAGCAGCUACCUCAGCCAGCCUCCCCCCCAGAGCAACGGCCAGGCCCAGCUACCCUUCUUCCCAUCCACCCCGGUCCCCUUCGCCAGCCAGACCCUGCUGCAUACGCACCCCCACUCCCACUCUGACCACCUACUGGGCACACAGCAAGGCUACAGCCUCCAGCAGAUGGCACCCUACAACCGCUUCUACCCGCACAUGUACCCCUCCAGUGUCGGCAUGGUGCCCGGGGCGGGAGGCGGAGGUGCAUUGGGGGUAGCAGUCGGCGUCAACAAGAAGAACGCCAAUGUUUCGUGCUACAACUGUGGGGUCAGUGGCCACUACGCACAGGACUGCAUACAGCCCUCCAUUGACUCGACACAGCAAGGUGGCUUUCGGCUGAAGUACGCCGCCUCCCAUUCUUCCGAAGCACUAGACAACGCCGACUGAAGAUGUCUUCUCGUUCCGCCACCUUGUUUGUUACGAGCGGUCAAAGAGACCCCUCCAUUUCAAGAGAGCAUCACUUGAUGUUUCCCUGUCAUUAACCAGGUUUCCAUCCAACCUUUUUAUGCGAGUAAAGUACAUGUCGGAUAAAAAAUGUAAUGACAGGCCUGAUGGAAACAGAAAAUGUGUCGGUAAGCUUUCCGAAUGUCGACAAAACAAACUGCGCUAGACAAGGUGGGAUCUUUUUGUGUCGGUAAAAUGCGAUGGAAACGCCUUUAUGUGCAAAUAUUGAUAUAAUAACCAUCAUAUUGAAGUAAACUUGGAGUCACGCUAUGAUAUGGUGUGGUCCUCCCACUAUGACUCGGGGAAACCAUGCAGUUUAUUAGGCUACAGAUGAAAUAACUUAUGAUGGGUGGUGAAACUCCACGGUGAUCUUGAUGCUCGUUUCCAAUAAAUGUCAAGGGUCAGAUUCUGGUGACAUGAAUAUCGAUGCUUGACUGCCGUUUAACAAAUAAAAAGAUUCUCGCUCUUAUCCAUAAUAAUCUCUUCAUGUAGACUAGCCUACCCGCACUGUAUCUGCGAGCUGUUGGCUAGAGCACACGUGCCAAGACCGGAGUAGUCACAUUUUCUAUUUAACGCAACAGUUUGUGACAAAACUAUCAGUAGAGUUGAAAACACGAUGGAAACACAUUGAACUUUAGAUUUAUAUUUGGUACAUGAAAACUUAAGUGAAAAAGUUCAAUUUGUGUGUACUGCGUCAUCAUGCACUGAUGUGGAAACACACUUCUGGUGGGAAAACGUGCUUAUUUUCUUUACGCAGAUUUUUGAAUAUUCGCUUGAAUAUAUGUCGACAAUUUGAUUGAAAAUUUAGCUAUUCUCAUUUUUAGUUUGACCUUUUUAACGAGCAUGUGCGAAGAGGGUCCUAAGUACUUGUGCCUGAGACAUCACCAACGUCCCCAUCACAGCUGAGGGUGAAGCUGUCUCGUUUCCAGAGACGCAUACCCCCCCCCUUCACCAAUCCCCCAGUGGCUUUUGGUAUUUUGCACUGAAGACUGGCACAAGACAGCAGCUCAUGUUUACUAACUUAUUUCUUAUAUUAUUAGAAAACAUUUUUAAAAAGACACCAUGUGUACGGGAGCUUCGUAAAAUUAUUUUGUUCUCAGAAUACAUGGGGAUCCUGCGUGAUCUCGAUUAGAGUUUCAUAUACUUUGUCUUUUAUAACGGUAAAUUUAUACCUCCUUAUUGUUAUUCGACUAGGAUUUUUAUUGUUUAACUGUACAGCUACAAAAGAUGAAUGCAAACCAACAAAAAAGUAAAUGUAAAAAAAAAAUGAUAAUUUUUCUCUUUUUCGCUGCAGUGUUUUUGAAUGUACAUGUUUAAUUUCUUAAUGUUAAGGAAUCUGGCAGUAUCGGGGGGAAAUUCUUAAAGCAUUUGCCACUUGAUAUAAUGUGAAACGCAUAUUAAGACGUUCUUAAUCAUCAUGUCUGUCAUGUAGAAGUUAAAUGCUGCUGUGUUUUUAUUUUUGGUAACAUGCACUAUAGCUACCAGGAAUUCUGAAGUCUCUCAAGUGCACUGAAACAGUCCUAAAUCAAACCUAGAGACAGAUGUUAUUGCAGCAGUGAAGCUCUAUACCUUGCUACACUGCUGUCCCUCCAUCCAGUAUUCUCUUGGAAAUGUUGCACUGCAGAGUCGAGCCACAAGGUGGUGCCAUGUGAAGCAUCAGUGGUUAGGAGGGAUAAUACUAUCAUUGAUAACUCUGAAAAUUACUUUUUUUCUUUAGCCAUUUCUACAAGACUGGUGGCAAAGGCAGAUGUCAUGUAGCCUACCUAGACAGUCAAUAUGUGUAUUCUUCCUUCAAUGCUGCAGUGAGAUCUAACUGUAAGGCAUGUUGUUUGUACAUUGGUAAAUGUACUCAAAUUGAUGCACAUACACACUAUAAAUUGAUGUUUUCAUGUGGAGUAUGAAAAUGAAAAGUGUGAACACUAAUGGAAGUGUCUGACUGGAGUUGAUUGGAUAUCAGGAUUGGUAGCCUUCCAGGGAUUGACAUUAAGGGUUGCCAUAUUGCCUGGGGAAAGUGAACAGAUCAGUCAAGCUAGUUGAGCCUGCUCUGGGGUUGCCCCAUAGGGCUGGUUAUUUUUGUUGUACGUGUGUGUGUGUGAAAACAACCAAACUGCAAAGAAUUCCAGUAGCCAAAAUCUGAUCUUUCCAAUUCUUCCCCAUUGUCUGUCUUUCACUUAUUAAACAAUGUAUUUCUGUUGGGCAAGUUGAGCCUUCUCUGAGAAUUUAUUUUUAACUGAUGUACGAAAUAGAAUAAUUAUUCCAAAAUAGAAAGAAUUCAAUCAAUCUUUCUGAUUCCUAUGUGUAGGUGAAAUGCAGGCAAUAUGUGGCACUUACUUACUGCCUGUAAAUAGACCAUUUGCAUUUUCGGGCAAGUGAGCAUAAUCUUUGGGCAACCAAAAAAUACUCCCGACUUGCCCGAUGGGGAAAGUGCGUUUCAUGCUUCAAUGUCAAUCCCUGGCCUUCUCAGACAGCAUAUCCCUUGAGAUAAUUGUCAAUCAUUUAGAGCUCUUUCAAGUCUGUUUAAGCUUUGUGGUCUACACAUUAAAAUUACAUAUAGGCAUAUUACACAUACAGUACACACUUGUUUGUUUAUAUGAGAAGUUAUGUCCAUUUUUAUGAAUAGUCACACUUAGUACUGUUUGUCUCCAAACAUUUUGUGAAAGCUUUCCACCAAACGGUGAAGUACUCUAAAUCUCUUCUGCUUGAUUUGAUGUAAGCAGAGAUCUUACAAUUACUUAAAAUAGUGAGGCAAACUUGGACAUGAACACAGGAAAGAAAAUGUGUGGACCACUUUACAUUAAUCGGCUGGAUGAUUUGAAGAACCAUGUGAGCUCGGAAGACAAUUGUACAUAUGAACCUGCCAGUUGUACAUGUUGAACAUAUAUGGUUAAAAAUGCUGGACUGUAGAGGGUACACUCACUGUUACCUUAAGGUGUAUGUUUACUGUAUUCUUUGAUAUCUACAUUUUAGUGUACUGGAAAGGUCAAAUAUAUUUCUAGAACGAAUUUGGAUUUUAUGCAAAUUGUUGAUCUGUUAUCCUGGAAUUAACAGCAAUAAAUACAAAAUGCCCCAA